UAGUAGAGUUAGCAGUGUUUACUUCCGGGCUCUCGGACUGGCACAUUUCACAAGGAUAAAAAAAAGCUUUCAAUUUAUUUACCUUGCAAAUAAAAUACAAGCAACAGGGUAUUUACAAUAUGUCAAAAAUGCAAUUGCUCAAUAUGUUUCUGCGCGAACGGUUGACAGCGGCUGCUGUAGAGAUAUUUGGAGUAGUUGAAAAGACGAUAGUGGAGUAUCAAGAAGAAAUCACCCGUUCGAAGGAAGAGAACGAAUGUUUACAGAAAAUGUUGGAUAUGGUCAUUAAACCUCAAGUCAAGUUACAUAGAGCAGACCCUAGGCAGCUCCAUGUCUCUGAAGAAGAGGUUCCCCUUGAGCAGGAGUGGAGGAGGGAAAGUUCAGAGCUCACACAAAGUACAGAGGAACAUGACCUUAGGACCAAUCUGGGAGAAGAGCAAAUGCAAGGGCCUGCUGAGACUCAUGGUCAUAACAUAGAGUUCGGGUUCACUCCUCCUUGUGUGAAAGGUGAUUUUGUCCAGGACCCUUGGCCCUCACACCUUUUCCAAACCCAAAUUGUGGAGGACAAUGAGAUGAAUAAUCUAUCAAGCACCCUAGUGGAACACAUUAAAACAGAACCUGAUGGAGGAGAGGACUAUGGCGUACUAACGAGUGACCCACAGCUCAUGUUUGCAGUAAACGCACACUGUUCUGCAGCUCCGAGUGAAAACAUGCAUGGAACAGAGAUUGGAGGCCAUCUGCAACGGAAAACAAAGACAGGAAGACCAUUCAGACAUAUAGGAACGCUGUCUGAACUUAAGAAGAGACGUGCUUUGUAUGAGCGAUUUCGUUGCCAUGUCUGUGGAAAAGGGUUCCCAGCAAGGAAUGGUCUGGGAGACCACAUGACAACUCAUACAGGGGAGAGACCACACAGCUGUCACCUCUGUGGGAAAGGUUUCAAAGUGAAGAGUCAUCUGAAAGAGCAUAUCAGGGUUCACACAGGAGAGAAACCCUUUGUCUGCCCAGUCUGUGGGAAAGCGUUCAGGCAGGAUGCACAUAUGAAAGGACAUUUGAGGGGGACUCACAAGGAGAAACCAUACAGAUGCCAUGAUUGUGGUGAAAGCUUCAGUCAGAUGGGAGAGAUGCAAGUGCAUAGGACAGUGUGCUGUGGUCCAAUUGUCCUGGGCCCAAAUUUGAUGUAACUUUCACUCCCUUGAUGCCUUCGGUGACCAGGACGUUUUAGACUUGCAGCCAUGAUAAGGACCAUUCAAAUGUGUUAUAUAACAAACAAAGGAAGAAUGAUCUGUCCACAGUUAUAACAGUUUGAGAGCGCAUCUCCUAUAUUUGUCAAAAUUCAUAAAUGGGAGGGAGUUUCCAGAAAGCAUGUAGCCUAUGUGGUUGUCUGUAUGUGGUGGUUGGCAAGUUUCAGUGUCCCAUGAAAAAUAGUUGUCAAUUUAAGUAGUUCUCUGGUACCUCAUAUUGUUUAAAUAUACCCAAAAAAUAUUUGUGGAGCACUUUGAGUCCCUGAUUGAGAGGUAUGUGACCCAUUUUGUGGGCUGUGUCUAAUAUCAAUAAUAUUCUGUAUAUCUUGGAUACAAUUUUCCCCCUCCUGUUAGCUUUCUAUGUGUUUUUGUGAGUGGAAGACAUUCUCAAUUUUGGAGAAUCUCUCAUAAGAUGGGUAAAAGUCCUUUAUGUAAAAUAAUAAAUAAAUGGUUACUUCUCUGAGAACUUUGAAUUGUCAAGAGGUGUAAAACAAGGUUGCCCUCUGUCACCAUAACUAUUUAUUAUGGCCAUUGAACUGUUAGCUUUAAAAGAUAACAUUAAUGGGCUAAAAAAUUAAGGAAUUAGAGACAAGAGUAUCAAUAGGCCAAUGAUUGAAGUUAUCUUGAAGUUAUCUUGAGUCCUCAAUCUUCAACCUUGAAGGGCCUCGUUGAGGACCUGGAUAACUUCUCCAAAAAGUGUUAGAUUAUGGAUUGGGUCUCUAAAAGAAACUAUAAAUUGCCAUGUGGUCUCCCAAUUAAAUGGGCAGUUGGUGAAGUUGCUUUGCUUGGUGUGCAUAUCCUGGAAAAGUUAAGCAACUAAUUGAUUAAAAAAAAAUAAUCUUGAAACUGUGGAGAGGGAAAAACCUAUCCAUUUACAAGAAGAUUACCCUGAUUAAUUAUAUAGUGAUAUUGCAGUUUAAAUAUUUAUUCUUGGCUCUACUGACUCCAGGAGAAUCCUUUUUCAAAUCAUGCGUGAAGAAAAACAUCACUUUCACAAAUACCAUACCCCCCCAAAACAAUUAUAACCUUCCAUUCUUGUAAUAUCUUGGUGAUAAGAUAUUUGUGCGUGUAACUUACUCACUCAUCACUAUUCACGAUUCAAUCAGGACUAUGCGUAAUCAUGGUAGCAUCCAAAUUAAUGUAGAAGGGUUUAGAAACAUUUUAUUCUUAUUUACAAUAAAUGUGACUCCAAAAUGACACAAUAAUAUAUUUAAUUUCUGUUGGGCACAAAAUUAUCUGAAACACAAACAAAACAAAUAGAAAAUGCAUCCAACAAGUUUGUAGAGUCACAAGCGUGAUGUAAUCAUUGCAUGCUAGCAAUAUGGGACCAAAUACUACACUUUUGACACUAAUACACAAGUGAAUUUGUCCCAAUACUUUUGGUUCCCUACAAUGGGACUAUGUUCAAAAAGUGCAGUAAUUUCUAAACGGUUCACCCGAUAUGGAUGAAAAUACCCUCAAAUUAAAGCUGACAGUCAUUGUAUCAUUUCAAAUCCAAAGUGCUGGAGUGCCAAAACAACAAAAACAUGUGUCACAACAAUUGACACAAUUUCGUUCAUUUCAAUUUAAGCUAUUAUAUAAAAUACUUGCUACAAGAAUAAUGCUCAAUAUAUGGGGCAUUAAAUAAUCAGCCUUGUGCAGACUCUGCCACGAGGAAACGGAAUAAAGAUAAAAUUUUCUGAUACUGUUCCUCGGUGGCUUGCUUUUGGAGUCAGGUCCAGGAAUGAUUGUUCUAUCAUAAUAUCAGGGUUCAGAUGGACCUGCAAACUGUUGUUGUUAGAGGAUCUGAAAAACCUUGAUCAGUGAGUGGGAAAUAUCAUUAUACUCUUGGGUAAACAAAUGUAUUUUUAGGGCACUAUCGGUAGAAAUGUUACAAAUAGAGAAGUUAUGGACCCUCGUAAUUCAGUAAAAUGGAUGGAUUUAAUGCAAAAAUAAAUAGCAUACUGGGGAAAAUCUGGGGCGGCAGCCUAGUGGUUAGAGCUUUGGGCCAGUAGCCGAAAGGUUGCUAGAUCGAAUCCCCGAGCUGAUAAGGUAAAAAUCUGUCGUUCUGCCCCUGAACUAGGGCCGUCCUAGGCCGUCAAUGUAAAUAAUAUUAAAUAAAGGUUAAAUAAAUUUUACAAAUCUGUGGCAUCGGAGGGUUGGAGUUAAUGAAUGGUGGAUUGGCUACUGUGGGUGAAAAUCCAUCACUUGAAGAAAGAGGAAAUUAGGAAUAUAUGUAAAAUUAUUUAACUACAGGUACUGUAGAUGUGAGCGAAAAUAGCUGUAAAUAGCAGCAGAAGUAUUGUUGUCCGUUAAUUUACUCCAAUCAGAGUAGGGAUGAUAGGGUAGGGGGGAAAAAAGUUUGAUUAUACUAUAUAUAAAAUUUUAAAAGCCAGAGUCAUAUACUGUAGAUUUUAGACCUGAGCCCUAUACUACAAAUGUAGUUUGAGGGGUUAGCGAGGUAACUUUGGUCAAUGCUGAGUUCAACUUGGGAUAACCCAGUACCACAAAUGUGGCUCACAUUUUAGCCUGGUAAAUUUCUUUGGCAUUGAGUCCUUCAGAUCUAACCUGCUCCGGGGCAGGCUAAAUACAUUUAUUCUGAAUGAAGUGUCUGAGCCGUGAAUCGAGGACCAAUUAAAUAAUUUGAGGAAGACAACUGAUUUAAAUAUUGUAUUAAUCAAAUGUUUUUAUUUGUAAAAAAAUAAAAAUUGUCAUGUUAAAAUACCUAGCACAUUACACUUAAUAAUUACAAAUGCAUUUGAAACUUCACACACGGUAAAACUUAUGACUUAACAAUUAUUUUUAUCAUAUGAGUGGGAAAUAAGGUGAUCGUGCAUUGAUAACCACACCUGUCACGACUUCCCCCGAAGUCGGCUCCUCUCCUUGUUUGGGCGGCGUUCGGCGAUCGACGUCACCGGCUUUCUAGCCAUCGCCGCUCCAUUUUUCAUAUGUCCAUUUGUUUUGUCCUGUUCCAUACACACCUGGUUUUCAUUCCCCAAUCGAUCUACAUGUAUGUAGUCCUCUGUUCCCCAUCAUGUCUUUGUGUGUAAUUGUUCAUUGUUAACGGUGUAUGUUCACGUGCGAUACUUUUAUAGUUUAUGUUCUGUGUUUUUGGGCACAUGUCAUUUUUUGUGCCUAUUGUUGAACGGAAUAAAAGUGCGCCUGUUUGCUCUCCUGCACCGGACUUCGCCUCCCUUACACAGCCUUAACAGAAUUACACACCAAACGAGUCAGCAGGAGCAGGUACCCCGGUUAGAGGAGUCGAGGAGCGCGUCCAGGAACAUUCAGCUAUGUUAAAUUAUCUUGGUGCCAUGAUGGAUCGCAUUGUCCAGACUAUGGACCGCUGGGAGAGACAGGAGUUCUCCCCAGUGCCUCGACCAGCACAACCGGGGUUCCCUCUACCCGUCACAUCCGGAACCAGUCCCAGUGGGAUACGCCUCUCCCUUCCCAGGGAGUAUGAUGGGACGGCAGCACAGUGUCAGUGAUUCCUAUUACAACUGGACCUCUACCUGGCCACUGUGCACCCAGCUCCCUCGGGAAGGGAGACAGUUUCUGAAGAGCUCUGGAGUGGGCAAACACCGUGUGGGGAGAAGUAGACGCGUCGUUAGACCACUUCGAGGAGUUCACCCGUCUUCGACCAUCUGCCCGAGGGUAGAGCGCCGGGGGAACGGCUCUUCCAUUUAAGGCAGGGGACGAGGAGCGCCCAGGAUUUUGUCCUGGAAUUCCGGACCUUGGCCGCCGGAGCAGGCUGGAACGACAGGACCCUCAUCGACCACUAUCGGUGCAGCCUGCGUGAGGACGUCCGACGUGAGCUGGCCUGCAGGGAUGCCACCAUCUCCUUUGACCAACUGGUGGAUUUGUCCAUCCGGUUGGAUAACCUGCUGGUCACCCGCGGACGUCCAGAGGGGGCUCUGUUGGUGCCAUCUUCCUGCUCCGGUGCCCAUGGAGUUGGGAGGGGCUGCUCGUAGGGAGACUGGAGGAGGAGCCAUCACGUGCACCAUCUGUGGCCGCAGAGGGCACACUGCCGGUCGGUGCCGUGUUGGUUCCUCUGGGAGUCGAGGCAACAGGCAGGGCACUCUGGCGUCACCCCAGGUGACUCAUCCAGAGUCGGGGCCCCCUCGAUCGUAUUAGCCCCUCGUUCUGUGUCUCUCAGGCCGGUGGUGGCUGGUCCACUCCAGGAAUCUGAGGUGCGGGAGGUCCCGCCACCCCUUUUGGACAUCGAGGGGGCCCCAGCGUACAUCGUUCGUUCCAUCCUGGAUUCGAGGCGUCGGCCUUCAGUACUUCGUGGAGUGGGAUGGGUACGGUCCGGAGGAGAGUUGCUGGGUUCCGGUUGCGGAUGUUUUGGAUCCCGAACUGCUGCGGGAGUUUCACCGUCACCGGCCGGAUCGCACUGCCGCUGGAGCCGCGCGUCAAGGGGGGGGGGGGGGGGUACUGUCACGACUUCCACCGAAGUCGGCUUCUCUCCUUGUUCGGGCGGCGUUCGGCGUCACCGGGUUUUUAGCCAUCGCCGCUCCAUUUUUCAUAUGUCCAUUUGUUUUGUCCUGUUCCAUACACACCUGGUUUUCAUUCCCCAAUCAAUCUACAUGUAUGUAGUCCUCUGUUCCCCAUCAUGUCUUUGUGUGUAAUUGUUCAUUGUUAACGGUGUAUGUUCACGCGUGAUACAUUUCUAGUUUAUGUUCCGUGUUUUGGGGCACUUAUGUCAUUUUUUUGUGCCUAUUGUUGAACGGAAUAAAAGUGCGCCUGUUUACUCUA